UCCUUGGAUAUUGACAUGCAGCCUGGAAUCGUGUUUCCUGACAUUUAUAUGUGCCUGAUUUCGACGGAGAGGAGACACAUAAAGCAAAUCUGCCUGUGAAUAUUUUAUAUAACUACACAGCAAAUUUCUGGAGUUGAAAAAUUAGGAGUUAGGCAUAAAAGUGUGAAAGAGUUAGAUUUUUGGAGUUUAUUUUUUAACUCUGACUAAAGUUUGUGUUAUGGGAUACUCCUUGGCUGUGUUUUAUUUUGGAGUUCAUUCAUUGGUGUUCAGGAGCGUGUUUUAACACCACAUCUGGAGUUAAAUGUUAAGAAAGUGCGCCAUGACACGACCCUAGAACAGCAGUACGAGGUGAUGGAGUUUUACAUCGUCUUGAGGUAUGUAAAAAGCGUAUUUAUAUACAUAUUAAAAAUAUAUAUUUUAAAAUGUUUGAUAUUUUCUAACGGAGAUACGUUUUGUCGUAGCUGUUACGUUAUGUAUUGUAAUGUCGUGGCGAACUGUUGACCGUAAGUUAACUCGAACAUGUGGCUGGUUUGUGCUGGGUUUUUUUUUCUUUGUUUUUUCUGAUGUGAACGAGCUAACAUUAGCUAACCAUCUUUCCUUUCACCAUGUUUCUGAAAAUGUGUGUUUUGCCGUCAAACUUAAGAGGUGACUCCGCUCAAAAAAACUUCAUUCUGUUCAGCUAGUCGACGAGGUAGCCUAAUAUCUUUUAUCCAGCAGCAGCCUUAUGUCUGUAGCAUAAUGUUUAAAUAAACUGCAGUGUACCCUGCUAAUAAAAUAAAUUUUGAGCCGUGAAAGUGUAACGUUAGGCCUGUAAUUUUUUGAAUUGUAACAGCUAUGAUAAAUACGUCUGAAGGGGCUCGCACACCGGACGCGAAGCUCAGCGCCACAACAUGUCUUAACAUUGUUUUCUGGGCGCCGCGGACAGGCGCCGAAUGUCGCCGCCGGUGUGCGUACACUCAUAGAAAAUAAUGUGUUCGAAUUUUAAAAACGUGUCGUGGCGCUGAGCUUCGCGUCCGGUGUGCGAGCCCCUUGAGAGUGCGUGGUUUUCAGCUUACACACACAUACACACACACACACACACACACACACACACACACACACACAGACACAGACACAGAGAGUGAGAAAUAACAUGUUCAUGUUAAAUAACAUGUUUUCUCUAUAAUUUCAGGUCACAAUGUUGAUAAAAGUGCAACUUGGAGGGAAGAAGAAAUAUAUAAAACUGGAAGAAGUUUGUUUCUCAGAUUUUCUUAGUGCAGUCCAACAGAAGUUUAUGAUACCAGAGAAUACAACAUUGAAAGUCACAGAUGACCAGGGCAUAGAGGUGGAUGAGGAUGUAUUUCCAGAACUUGCAACAACCAAAGAAAUGAGUUUUAUCAUCCACACUGAUGAUGAACUUCUGUUUGCUGAAACAUCCAAGAAUUCUGCUGACUUCUCAGACCUGACAGAGUUUGGUGCCUCUUCAGAUCAGACAGAAUAUGUUACGCUCACUACUUGUGAUUUGACUGUCCUGCAGCAAGGGGUUGUUGAAGGACCCUCCUCCCCAAGUCUGACAGAUACAUUGUCUAUCUCAAGCAGCAGUGAUUCUGGAUCUCAAAUGCUUCAACCUUCAACCAACCUGCUUUAACAGACAGUUUCAGUGCAAAAAAUAAUAUAAAGCAAAUUCUAACUUCUAAGACAGCAGGGAUGACUGUGAUCAAAGAGUAUGAAGACACUGGGAGUUUGAAAGAUUCCACAAGGCGGUUAAUGGUGAACAUAAUUGUAGCUCACAUGCAUGAAAAAGAAGGGAGAGCUGUUAGUAAAGCAACAAAGGAGUUCCAUGCCCUUGGGAUUGUGUCCCUGUUCCCAUCUUUAAAAGACCCAUACUCUAAAAAAGGAUAUGAACAUUUCUAUGACAUUCAGAGCAACAAAGGCUUUCUUGAGUGGCGUAUAAAGACCGUGCAACGUAAAUUCAGAACCACCUCUACAUCACAGAGCAGAGUGGAGCUAAAAGGAGGUCCCACAUCAUCAAGAACGAUUGGAACAGAUGACCAGCGAAUGGGAGAUGAAUGUCUGGAAGCUGUGUCUCUCCUCAAUCACACAACUGACCGUGACUUAGUGUUCCAGAAGAUGAGAGAAACUUUCCAAUACCGUCAGCAGAUUCUUCACAACCCACAGCGCUCAGCUGAUGUACUACAAAUGUUUCCUCGUUUCUUGGACGUCAAAGGACUGAUUUUGCAAGACUUCUCACUAAUGUUUGGAGCAGAGGUUGCUUCAAGGUUUCUGGAAAAAUGGAACACCAGUUUCAAAGAAAAAGUCAUCCAGGAGGCCAGGAACCUUAAAGAGACUGCUCUCCUGAAACAGCAUCUGAAAGCUGUACUGAAAGAAGGAUCUGAUCCUACUGAUGAUCCAGACUGGGACAGUGACAUGGCUUCUCUAUUUGUCCUGCUUCAUCUUCUUACUCCACAACCAGCUGGAAGAAAGCGGCCCAAGAAGAUCAGUGUUGGAGAGGCAACAGAUCAUCUGGUCAAAUUUCAUAAGUCAUGCCAAAGCCUUGAUGAUCAUCUCCUGACAACUGAAGGAAACCCUCAGCCAUAUCUUCUCGCCUCAGGGACUUCAAAAGCACAGGUUUCCACCUUUUACAUUGUCUUGGACAGAAAAGUUCUGCCUUGUCAAUCAUGUACAUCCUUGGGUGCCUUUGACGAGCUGUUCAAGUCCCAUUUUGUUUUCAGUGUGAAGUAUGAUGAUGCUCUGUCCAGUCUGUACACAUUUUUGCAGACAACUGUGUACAAUAUCGAUAUAAGUACAACUGAGGAAACUCCAAGAGUCAAAGAGCUAAGAGCAAGGCUGUUGAACAAGCACUAAUUGUCUUAUGUAACCAAAAUGUUAAGUUGUUUCCUCUGCACUUCAUCCUUUUGUUCAGCUUUGCUUUUGUUCAGGCACCUCAAACUAAUUCAUGGAAUGUAUCCUGGGAAAAAUCUAAGACUGAAAUGUGGUCAAGCAGAUUGUUGCUUGCAGUUCUCUAGUUAUUCUGGAUUUAGGAGACAUCUCAUUAAGAUACAUUCUUCAAUUAGUGACAAAUGUGACCCUCAUGAGACCCCUUCCAGUUAUGAAAGUGAAGAACAAAAUUCUCAUACCUUAAAUGAAGAAAUACCUUCUACUUCAUCCCAGUGCCCAAAUUUUGAAGCAGUCCCUUCAGUAUCUACUCACAAGAAAGAUAUGUGUGCGUCCAUUAUAGCAAAACUUAUGGCAAGUGGUGUACCAAAUACUGUAGUUCUUUCGACAAUUGAAAAUUUGGAGGAAUUUGUGGAAGAUUUGCAGUCUAAUAUUAAGGACCAUGUCUUAAACUUACUACCAGGUAACAAUCCAUCAAGACCAGCCAUAGAAGAGUUAUUUAAAAGUUUGGACAACCCUUUCAGCCAAUUGAACUCUGAUACCAAAUGGAAAAAGUAUUUCAGAGACAAAUGGGGAGUAGUAGACCCUGUUGAACUGCGCCUUGGUGUUAGGUAUGACACCAGAAGAAAUAACAAAACUGGAACUUAUGAACAAGUUCCUGUUAAUGAUAAAUUCAUAUAUAUUCCAAUUUUGAAAACAUUCCAGUUCAUUUUCAGAAAUGAAAACAUUUGUGAGAUGAUGCAAACAUGUACUCAGUCUGACAUCUAUGAAGACUUCUGCGAUGGUAGUUACUUUAAAAAUCAUCCUUUAUUUUCGACUAAUAAGUUUGCUCUCCAAAUUCAAUUAUACUAUGACGAGUUUGAAUGUGCAAAUCCUCUUGGUUCCAAAAAAGGAAUUCAUAAAAUUGGUUGCCUGUACUUCAUUCUUAGAAAUCUUGCUCCAAAGGUGAAUUCUGCCCUCAUGAACAUCCAUUUGGUAUCUUUGUUCCAUGCCCAAGAUGUUAAGAAAUAUGGGAUUGAUGAAAUACUGAAACCUUUAAUAAGGGACUUGAAAAUAUUAGAAACUGUUGGGAUUGCUGUUCCAUUUGCUGAACAACCUGUAUGUGGCACACUUGCUCUCAUUACUGGUGAUAACUUAGGUAUGCAUAGCAUUCUUGGGUUCUUGGAAUCAUUUAGUGCAAAUUAUUUCUGUCGAUUUUGCUUAAUUGAUAAAUCUUCAGCUCAGUCAGUUUUCUCAGAGGAUGACCCAAGUUUGACUUUAAGAUCACCAGUACUAAAUGAUCAGCAUUAUGCCAGUUUGGUAGAUGAUCCAACAUUAACCUCUUCUUUUGGCAUCAAGAGGAAAAGCAUGCUCAAUACUUUGCAGUAUUUCAAUACUGGGGAAAACUAUGCUGUCGAUAUCAUGCAUGAUAUUUUGGAAGGGGUCGGUCAAUAUGAGAUAAAACUACUUUUUGAAUAUCUAAUUGAACAUUUCAUCUCUAAAGAAAGCUUGUUGAACAGGAUGUAUGCUUUUAAUUAUGGCUAUAUGGAAACUAAAAACAAGCCCACAAAUAUUAAUCUUGACUGCGGAGGACAUGCAAUAGGCUUAAAUGCAUCACAAACACUGUGUUUAGUCACAAACAUACCUUUGAUAUUUGGUGACCUGGUACCAGAUGAUGAUUUGCACUGGCGCUUGUUGCUCUUAUUGUUGAACAUCAUAAAUAUUGUGUUCUCUUACUCAAUCACUGAGGGGAUGACAGUCUAUUUAAAGCACCUCAUUAUUGAACAUCAUAAACUCUUUAAAGAACUGUACCCAUUAAAAAACUUGCUUCCAAAACACCAUUUUAUGGUCCAUUACCCAAGGUGCAUUAGAAAGAUCGGACCACUCAUUCAUAUCUGGACCAUGAGAUUCGAGGCGAAACACAAGUUUUUUAAAGAUUCUGUGAAGAACUUCAAAAAUUUGACAGUUUCGCUUGCAAAUAAACACCAGUUUGCAGUAGCAUAUCAUUGGGAAUGCUUGUCUUUAAAGACAGUUGAGUCUGGUCCAGUCAAAAUGUGUUCACUUGAGACACUUGAAUUUUCAGAAAAUAUAACUGAAUCUCUCCAUGUUGAUUCACAAGCCACUGUCAAUCUCACAAAGUGGGUAAGAUGUUGUGGUGUUGAGUAUCGUGUUGGACUCUUUGUUUGCACGAGUACUGAUGAAAACAUGCCAGUUUUCAGCAAAAUAACCUCAAUCGUUUUACACAAUGGUAAAGUGUUUUUUGUUUUGAUUGAGCAUGAAACAUUUUUCCAUGAUCACGUCCAUGCUUUUCAAGUGAGUGAAAACCUACCAAGGAAGGUACUGGUUAUAGAAAGAGAAAGAUUAAGACAUUUCAAAUCUUUUGAUGCCCAAAUGUCAUAUGGGUGUGAUUCACAAUUUUAUGUUGUAUCAGAGAGUUGUAUUAUCUGAUUUCUUAUUUAAAUGAGUUCACUGUGAAGUUGUUCCUUGUUACUUCAUCUGAUGUAAAAGUGUCUACCUCAGAUUACACAAUCCUGCACUACUUUUUUUUUUUUUUUUUUUUUUUUUUUUUUUAAUAAUCCUGGCGGCUUGAUUUUAUAUAAUGCAGUGAUGUGUUGACAACGUUUUAUACAAUUUUACUAAGCAGUUUUAUUUGGCACUCUGUUAAAUGCCUAUUAAAUGUAAACAUUUUGCUGUUAGAUUUUACAGUAUUUUAUGACUGCAGUUAAUUUCAAAGUGUGUCCAUGCAUUGAAUUUCUAAAGCUAAUGUAUGGAUUUGCUUAAAUAAAAGCAGUUAUUAAAGA